AUGCCUCCCAAAGCCGCUGCCGCCGCUCCCAAGAAGUCUGGCCACGCCAGCUAUCAGGACAUGAUCACUGAUGCCAUUGUCAACCUCAAGGACCGAAAGGGCUCUAGCCGUCAAUCAUUGAAGAAGUAUGUCAAGGCCAACAACACUCUCAAUGUCACCGACAAUAUGUUCGACUCUCUCUUCAACAAGGCCUUGAAGGCUGGUGUCGACAAGGGUGUCUUUGAGCAGCCUAAGGGUCCUUCCGGUGGUACCAAGCUCGCCAAGAAGCAGCCUGAGGCUAAGAAGCCCGCUGCUCCUAAGAAGCCUGCUGCCGAGAAGAAGGAGGCCGCUGAGAAGCCUGCCGCUAAGAAGCCCGCUGCUAAGAAGCCCACCGCCCCCAAGAAGGCUGCUACCGAGAAGAAGGCUGCCCCCCCCAAGAAGGCUGCCGCUGAGAAGAAGACCACCGAGAAGAAAGCCGAGAAGGCUGAGAAGCCUGCUACUGCCAAGAAGCCCGCUGCCCCCAAGAAGCCUGCAGCUCCCAAGAAGGCCGACAAGGCUGAGAAGCCCGAGACCGCUCUCACAAAGACAAAGACAGGUCGCGUCACCAAGACCCCCAAGACAGCAGCCCCAAAGAAGACUACUGCACCUAAGAAGGCAGCACCCAAGAAGGCCGCUACCAAGGCGUAA